AUGUCUGCAACUAUCGCAGUCCUUCCUGAAUCUUCCUCCCCAUUUGAUCCUCAAGCUCUUGCACAAAAGUACAUUGUCGAGCGAGAGAAGCGUAUUCGCGAGGAUGGACUCACUCAGUACAAGGAACCUACUGGCAACUUUGCUCGGUUCCAAGAUGAUGCCCUCAUUGAAGAAAUUUCCCCACGUGAGCCAAUCACCGAUUCUGCUGAGGUACUGAUUAUUGGUGGUGGUUAUGGUGGUUUGCUGGCUGCUGCCCGCCUUUCUCAAAAAGGCGUAACCAAUUUCCGCAUUCUUGAAAAGGGUGGCGGCUAUGGUGGAACUUGGUAUUGGAACCAGUAUCCAGGUGCUCAAUGUGACAUUGAAUCCUACAUUUACCUUCCCUUGCUCGAAGAGCUUGGCUACGUCCCAACUGAGAAGUAUGCUCGUACAAUUGAAAUCCAUAAGCACAUUGAGAUGCUCGUCACACGUUACAAUCUUAAGGAAAAGACAAUCUUUCAAACCGAAGCAAAAUCAAUGACUUGGGAUGAGGAUAUUCUUUCUUGGAAGACCGAGACAAACCGUGGUGAUCAUUUCACCUCCAAGUUCGCUAUCACUGCUACAGGUAUCCUCCACAAGAUCAAGCUUCCAGGUCUUGAAGGCAUGGAGCUUUUUGCUGGAAAUUCUUUUCAUACAUCUAGAUGGGAUUAUGGCGUUACCGGCGGUGACGUCAAUGGUAAUCUCAGCAAGUUGGCUGAUAAGCGUGUUGGUGUCAUUGGCACUGGUGCAACCGCAGUCCAAAUGCUUCCUCAUCUCGCUAAAGCCUCAAAGCACGUCUACGUCUUUCAGAGAACACCAUCCACAAUCAAUGUUCGAAACAACAAGCCUACUCCACCAAACUUCUGUCAAAAUCUCAAGCCUGGAUGGCAACAAGAUCGGAUGGAGAACUUCAAUGAUCGGAUUUCCAAUUGUCGUCAAAAGGAAGAUCUUGUUAACGAUGGUUGGACUCUCAACCCUGCUACGUCUAUCUUGGGCAAGGCAGAUGCUUGUACUGAUCAAGUGAAAUUGGGUCAGAUGAUGAUGAUGGCAGACUUUCAACUCAUGGAGCGUAUUCGAGCUCGUGUCGAUGAACUCGUUGAGGAUAAGGAGACUGCCGAGAAGCUUAAGCCAUGGUACUCAUCCAUGUGCAAGCGUCCCUGCUUCCACGAUGAAUACCUCUCUCUCUUCAACCGCAAGAAUGUUCAACUCGUCGACACAAAUGGGAAGGGUGUUGAUCGUGUCUCUCAAGCUGGCGUUAUCGUAGACGGUGUCGAACAUCCUGUUGAUGUUCUCAUCUAUUCUACCGGGUUCGAAGUUACGACCGCUUAUCAACGCCGCUCGGGUAUCACUGUUACCGGACGCAAUGGUCUCAUCCUUGAUAACAAGUGGAAGAAGGGUCCCUCCACCUUCCAUGGAUUCCAAGCCCACGGUUUCCCAAACUAUUUCUUCUUCGGCACAACUCAAUCUGGUGUUUCUGCAAACUUCAUGUAUACACUCACUAAUCAGUCGAUGCAUACCGCCUAUAUCAUCUCCGAAUGCAAGAAGAAGGAUAUCAAGGCUGUUGAAGCUAGUGAGGAAGCCGAAGGUCAAUGGGUCAACGAUAUCUUGCAAGGAAGUGCACCUAUGUUGCAAUAUUUCACUCAGUGCACACCAGGUUAUUUCAAUGGUGAAGGAAUGGUUGGCAAGCAUCCAGAGGUUAGUGGACAAACUGCUGUUUAUGGACAGGGUGCUAGUGCGUGGGGAAAGUUGUUGGAGGAUUGGCGUGCUGAUGGUAAGAUGGAGGGACUUGAUAAGAUGUAUUGA